AGGCAGGAACGCGUUGUGUUGUUGUUUAUCGGUGAUCGAUUGCAAAUAACUGGCAAUACUAUGAAACGCCUAUUGAUUGAUCUCCACAACAGUCGCUGCUGACCCGAGACAACAUUUGAUAUCGGACGCGAGACGUCGAGCUUUAAUUGGAGUGAAAAGCAACCGACAUUUUGUGGAAGAAAGCGCUCUGUAGUAGCCCUUGCUCGUCAUUCGUCGACUCGGUACAGCGUUUUGUCCCCGCCGAACGCCACCACCGUUGGACUUGGUUUUCCUGCGGCUGUUAGCUUGUGUUGCUUCGGGGGAGCCGACAUUGUGCCGAUGAACGUGCCAGUGUAAUUCGCCAUCGCUAACGGGCGUGAGUGCACCGAUUGGGGGAACGUUUCUCGCUCGGUGCUCUUCGAGUGUUCAAGUUAAACUUGGCUGUGGUUCUUGUCGCCAACGCUCGGUAGCUUAGCCAUGUUGCUUCCGUGAGGGCUUUACUGCGCCUCGUCGAGCUCACUGCUACAGCCUAUGUACCGGCAGUUGAGCUUGUUUUGUUUAUUCGCGAUUAACUCAAUGUGUUGACUUAAGUGCUCAUCGUCAUUUUGAAGUGCUUCCCAUAUUAAAAAAAAAAGGCAGAGAAGCCGAGACAUAACUGCUAGUGUCAUCUUUUCUAUUUGGACAAUUUUGUGUUGGCAUUUGUCACUUUGGUUCCGCUUGCAACUCAGUUUUAAAGGCAUUAAGAGGCAGCAUUUGGUUAAGAUCGUCUUCCGACUUAUCUAGCUGGAAAGAGGGACUGGAAAGCCGCCCGACGAGGGAGGUUCUCUUCGGCUUGUCUCCCACCACCCCGCCUUCCUUAUCCGCUCCAACCGGCCAUGGACCCACCAAGGACGCGUUCUCGAUCCAGGUCCGGCUUCUAUCAUUUCGCCGUGAACAACCCCGCUGGAGGUAACAGUGGCGGUAACGGGAGCACGAUGAGCGCCAGCGGGGGAGGAGGAGGGAUGGGCUUCUCGCAGCAGAGUAACGCCGGCUGGGCCCCGCACCACGGCGGCCGUGGCGGCUAUUCUGACAGCCAGCCGCAGCAGCCUGGGACUUACCUGGCCGCGGGGGUCCAGCGCCACGGAGUGCACCGGCACCCCGGGACGGGAGGAGUGCUACACUUUCAUCCAGAUAAUGUGUUCAGUGAGGAUCGGGACAAAAUUGAAGAAAGCCCAAGCCCAAAAAGGCAGCGUCUUUCCCAACAGUCCAUUUUAGAUCUAAGCUCCAUACCUUCCUCGACCCCUUCAUCUCCCAUUCGCCCCUGGGAACUCCCCCCUAGUCGCAGAUCGCACGGCCACUACACACCAGAGCGAUGUCACACACCUGUCCGCAAUCGAAGAAGCCCCCCAAUGAGGCGCCCGCGUGCCCGCAGAGACUGGCUGACACGUCAUCACCACUCGCACAAUCACCACCACCAUUACAACAACAACAGCAGCAGCAACCAUCACAACUCCAACACUCACCCUCACCAUCACCACCACCACCACCAUCAUCAUCUGCAUUCCCACCUUGGGCUGUCACCGGGUCAUCAAGAUGAGAACUACCGUCACCCAGGCCAACCGCAGGGCUACCCACCCUAUGGCCAGCAGCCUCCUAGAGGGGUGGGCCCCGUAAUUGAAGAGCGCCAAGUUUACCAUCCCCCAAAUCCCUCCCCAAGGCCCCUUCAUCCAUCUUCAAACUUGUCUCCACGACUGUUGCACCCUGCUGCGCAUCCUCAGCAUCCAAUCUCAUCACAGCAACAGAGCAGUGGGAUGUUGGACCUCCAGGAGCAGGUUUCAGCUCCGGUGUCGUAUCCAGCAUCGCCCCCAGGGGUGCCACCUGGUCUGCCACCUCGUUCAGUCUCACAACAGAUCCCGGCAUGCUCAUUAGUCUUCAAUGGACAGCACUAUCCUGUCUGCAGCGUUGCCCCAUCUGUCCUGCAGACUUGUUCUGUGCAGCACCUACCCAUUCCCUACCCGUUCCCUUCUCUGCUGUCCAGUGACCAAGCCUUCCUCCUCCCCCCUCCCCCCCACCUCCCACAUCCUCCCACACACCUUUCCCACCAUCCACCUCAGGUGCCGCAGACUGGACAGUUUGGACCUUACACGACACCGCAGGCCCGAUCACCUUUACAGAGGAUAGAGAAUGAUGUGGAGCUGCUGGGAGAGCAUUUGUCUUUGGGCGCAGGGCUCCAUUACCCUCCUGCCCCCCACCCGGCUCUCGCGUCACAUUCCACACAGCUCCACUUCCUUUCCCAUGAGCCCCUGUCCCAGGAGUUCUUUGGAGUGUCCUACCCGAACUUCAUUCCUCGUCGCCUCGCGGGCCGAAGGUACCGUUCGCAACAGCCACUACCGCCUUCGCCUUAUCACCCCAGCUUCCUGCCUUACUUCCUUUCAAUGCUGCCAGUCCAGCCAACUGGCCCUGCGAUCAGUCUUGAGCUGGAUGUCGAUGAUGGAGAAGUGGAAAAUUACGAGGCCCUCCUCAAUCUUGCUGAGCGCCUCGGGGAGGCCAAACUCAGAGGACUCACCAAGGCUGACAUUGAGCAGCUUCCUUCCUAUCGCUUCAAUCCAAAUAACCACCAGUCUGAACAGACACUGUGUGUGGUGUGUAUGAGUGAUUUUGAGUCCCGACAACUGCUGCGAGUUCUGCCCUGCAGCCACGAGUUCCACGGCAAGUGUGUCGACAAGUGGCUGAGGGCCAAUCGGACAUGUCCAAUUUGUCGGGCCGACGCCUCCGAAGUCCAGCGAGACUCUGAGUGAUCACGUGAUGUGCUACAAUACAAAUGUCGAUCUGACAUGUUCAGCGCAGCCUGCUCUGGACUUAUUACAUGUACAUGAUUGUAUACAAAGGUACAAACAGACACACCAUUUCUUCCAUUAUUUCUGUUGUAAGUUGUGUGUACCCUCUCGUGCUCUGUCUUGCCGCGUUAUUUUAUUUUUUUAAAGGGCACAAAUUUCCUACUUUGCAUACUUAAUUAUGUGUGUGUUAGCGUGUGUAACAUAAGAGUUGCAAGUAUUUUGGUCAGUUUAAUUAUGCAAGCCUGUGGAAAGGGAUCAUGUGUGAGAUUUUUUUUCCAAUAUUCGAGCAUGUGCGUAUGUGUCAAGAGUAAAGACAUCCCUUCUCUUCUCACGAGUGACUGGUGAUACUCUUAUUUGUACAUUUCUGCACAAUUGGUCUUUGUGUACAGCAUGUGUUGUAUUAUUAAAUUCCUUUUCCUCCAUUUUCAGUUCAAGGGUCCACGUUGCCACUAUUUAAUCUUUGUGUUAUCUUGUUGAUGCUACAUUAUGAAUUAAUAAUUUUGACCAUAAUGACUGUCUUGUCUUGUGUUUACCUCAUUACUGUCUUCACAAUUUAUAAGCACUUCACAGCACUAAUAUGAAAUUAAAGCACAUUAUACAUGGUCUUCUUUUUCCCCCUCAUUUGAAUGAUUGACUUUGCAGUGGAAAAUAUAUACGAGAUAUGUCUCUAUAUAAAUAUACUGUAUAAAUGUAUGAAUAUCUGUAUACCAAAUAAAAAGCUUGAUAUGAACUUUUUAAAGUUG